GCAGCAGCAGCAACGAUCCCGAGUAGGCAAUGGAAUGCCAUCGAGCACUGCAGGCGGCGGGCAGCCAGAGGAGCGCGAUGAGUACGCAAACAUGAUGAGCAAUCGCAACAAGCAGUGGCUAAUCGGGAUAAAGCUGACGCAGCUCAACUCGGACGCACCCUACUUUAACGAUUACUAUUUCACCGUGUACAAGCAGCGGCUGGCAGCGGCGAAGGGCGAGGGCGAUAAUAGGAUCUAUCGCGAAAAUCAGCUCAACCAUCCGUUCCCACCAGCCGGAGGGCAUGCCCAGCUGCUGUUACUGUCGCUGCUGUCGAAGAACGGCAAAGAGCGGGCUGCUCGGCACGAACGCGAACGUCGCGUUUCCGAAUCCCGCUCCAACCCGAACGGCGUUAGCGAGGGAAAGGAUGGCUCAGCGCCGACGGGUGGUGGUCGAGCGUAUACCCCGCUCCAAUUUCAAAAUUCGCUCGGCAAGCUGCAGUGCGGUAGUGUGAUAGCGCCGCGAAAGCUCAUCGACGCCGACGUGAUGGGCAGCGACCAGCUGAACGGAAAUGGCGUGCCGGCACUUGAACCGCCGCCCGCCGCUAUCCAGCGCAAAGCUCGCCAUGUGCUGCUGCUUGUUAUCGAGACGCUGUACAAGUUGGUGCUCAAGCUGGAAGAUCUCGGCAAUCCCGUUGCGAUCGAAGCGAUGAAAGCGCUGCGCGAAAAGAAAAUGCGCAAGCGAACCAGCAGCACCGGCAGCGGCAGCGGUGUGGCGUGUUUUUCAGAAGCGGGCGCCAAGAUUGGCAACGCAUUGAUAAUUAAUCCGAAUUGGUAA